AUGGAUAUUUCUAAAAAAACUGCCCUCGUUGAAGCUCUGUUAUUAGAGGAUCUUCCAGACUGUAGCGAAGAUUCUGAUGUAGGUGUUUCCGAUGAAGAAGUCGGAAAAGAUCUUCAAGUACCCUUAUCGAGAGGCUUCGAUGACUAUUUUGAAGAGGCUAUUGAGAGGGUCUUAGCUGAAAUUCCUUCAUCGCCGAAAAAUGAGGAAGUGCCAUCAGGUUGUUCUGUUGAUCAGGUACAUACAUCUCCAAUUCCUAUCCCCAGUCCCGAAAUUGCUCUUCCUUCAACAAAUACGUCCAUGCCUAGAGAUACCCGACCGAAAGUAGUUGAACCAAACCGUAAGUGGAAGAAACGAGACUUAGAGACAAAUAUAUCGGAAUAUAAUGCGAACACUGAAGUAGUAGAAGAAUUCUUUGCUCACUGUACUAAACCGACUGAUAUAUUUCGUGUAUUGAUUGACGAUAUAUUAGAUGAGAUUGUAUACCAAAGUAAUCAUUACGCUACACAGAAAGGCAAGGUAUUGAAUCUAAAAAAGGAGGAACUUUUAUCAUUUAUUGGUAUAAAUUUCUAUAUGGGCUACAAUACUCGACUGGCUUGGACAGAUCAUUACUCUUCGGCAUCUGAUCUGAACAAUCCACUUAUAUGCAACACCAUGACAAGAGACAGAUUUGCUAUGAUUUUAUCACAUCUACACUGCAAUGAUAAUGCUCAAAUGCCUAAAAACUGCAAAGAUAAACUGUAUAAAAUAAGACCUAUCGUUAAUGCUCUCAAUAAAAAAUUUCAAGAGUGCUACCAUGGGACCCGUGAAAUGAGCGUGGACGAAUCGAUGAUCAAAUUCAAGGGUAGGUCUGUACUAAAACAGUAUCUACCCAUGAAACCAAUCAAGAGAGGAUAUAAGUUGUGGUGUCUUGCAGACCAGAGGGGCUAUAUAAAAAAGAUUCAAAUUUACCAAGGGAAAGAUGAAGAAAUGAGCUCAAAUUUUUCAAAAUAUAGCUUGGGAGAAAGAGUAGUUUUAGAAUUAACGGAACAAGAAUGGGGUAAAGGGAAAAUUGUCUAUUUUGAUAAUUUUUUUUCAUCUGUUGCUUUACUUGAAAAGUUGAAAACUGAAAAUACCUACGCAUGCGGAACAGUCAGAAGUAAUAGAAAAGGACUGCCUCAAAAUAUGCUCCCUGAUUCUAAAAUGAAAAGAGGGGAAAGUGAUUAUCGAUUUUCAAACCUAGAUAUUGGAUAUUGGAAAUGGAAAGAUAACAAAGUAGUACAUUUAGUGUCUAAUUUUCAUGGAAAUGAAGAGGCAACUGUGUCACGUAAAGAAAAAAAUGGGUCUAAGACUACAGUAACAUGCCCAAUGGCCGUCAAACAUUACAACUCCUACAUGGGGGGCGUAGACACAGCUGAUCGUUUGAGAGCCCUUUACUGUAUAGAUCGCAAGUCUCCAAAAUGGUGGCAUAGGUUGUUCUGGGGUCUACUGGACAUAGCAUUUGUCAACGCUUUUGUCAUUCAUGGACUUAUAUUUGAGAAGACUACCGUUAAAGACUUUCGACGCUCUGUUACUCAAGGCAUGAUGACAAUGAAAAAUGCUGGUCAGAAAAAAAGGUUUUCUUCAGAUAAUGCUCCAAGUUCUGGUCCUUCUAAAAGGCGCAAAUCGAAUUAUUCUACUCUGAAAGACGAAAAGACGUUUGGGUAA